AUGGCUAGAGGUGGCAUCACCAAAUCAACCUUGCUGAUUCUCCGGGGAGCUAGGCGGGCAGAGAAUAGGGUCAUGAAGUUCUCAGGGACUACUGCUAAAGCAGCUGCUGCAGAAAGCUCUGAAGAAGGAGUUCCAAAGAUUAUUAGUGGGAAGACAGAGGAUUCUUCAGCAAUCUGGGUUCCACACCCACGCACAGGAAUUUACUACCCAAAAGGCCAUGAGUGUGUGAUGGAAGAUGUUCCAGAAGGUGCUGCUCGUUUCACUCAGACUUACUGGUUCAGAAAUGAUGAUGGUGUGGGAUGUACCAACACCCAACCUUGA